ACUGCUGUCCCUUCAGUCUUAAGCUUCCUGUCCUUCAAGAACCCAGAAUCAGCUUAUCCAACCAAGGAGAUUUUGGCAGGAGCUUGAUCUCGAACUUGGGAACCUCUGCCAUGGGUCGCCCAGGAUUCCCAGUCCUCAAUGUUCUGCUAGGCUUGGCUUCGGUACAGCUGGGAGCUGUCCAGGCGCAAGGAGACUGUAGCAACUGCUACCACCUAAGUCCAGGUGCCAUCGCAGGCGUGGUGCUGGGAGACCUGCUGCUGACUUUGCUCAUUGCAGUGGCUGUGUACUACGUGGCUACCUGCUUCUACAAACGCCAGCUGGCCAGCAGUGACCUCAAGAAGUCACGCACAGCAGAGACUGAGUCCCCCUAUCAGGAACUUGAUGCACGUGGACUGGAUCUUUACAGUGAACUGAAAAAUUCAAGAAGCAAUUUCAAAUGAUCUUCUUACUCCAGGCUGGGGUUUUUUUUCUUGGGGGGAGGGGUUGAGCAAGUGGCUUCUAAAUAUAUGACAUCUGUGCCAGCUACUAUUCAGAGAUCUCUAAUGUCUCCAAGCAAACUCCUUUUCCCAAAAGAAAAGCCUGCUCAGAAGCUGUCCUUCAAGACAGGCUGUAACUGUGAACAUUCAUUUAAUUCUUUUAAUUGUGAUCCUGCACUGAGGUCUUGCUGCGUCUGAUCUGUUUGAGGAUGUCUCUGCACAGGUCCAUUGCAAUGGCUGUAGAGAUAUCACUGGAUACAGCACACUGGGUGAGGGGCCAUGGCUCAGUGGAAGAGCAUCAGCUUGGUAACUGAUGGACUCAGUGUCCAUUGUCUCUCAGACCCUGUUCAUAAUACUGGUGGCAGCCAUGCCAGCCUACCUUACAAGGCUGUUGUAAAGAUCGUGACAAUAAUAUAGAAAUGGAUAUUCAGAUUCAAGUGAUAUUAUUGCAAGGAAACAUGCCUUGCUCAGUUCAGAUUUAUAUCAAUAGGAUUUGAACAUCUAGAGAACAUCCUACACUGCAGUACCCUUUAAUGUAGAAUAGGUGUUUGGGAAUGGAAGGGGGUGUGUUUUUUGCUUCACAUUUGUGACUGGUUUUGCACAUUCAUUUGUUUUUGCUUCGUUGUUUUCCCUCAAGUAUUCUGAAUUGUACAAAGUUGGUUCUUCGCAUUAUUCGGUUUUCUUUGCUGCUUUGUUUCCUGUGGGUGGGAAGGAACCCUGGGUUUGCAUGAUGCUGAAUGUUCAUCAGAACAAACGUACGCUGUAAGAAAAUGUUCUACCACAUGUUCUACCACGUGGAUUUUAUUAAAGAGAUACAUGUGUG